AUGUUCUACAUAGAUGACGUACCAAAAUAUGCUAUACUUUUGCACACAUGGGGUAUCGACGAGAUCACUUUCCAAGACUUGGUGAAUGGUCCGGGUGGAGACAAGGCUGGGCAUGAGAAACUUUUGUUUUGCGAAAAUAUGGCUAGACAGAAUGGCCUCGAAUACUUUUGGAUAGACACAUGCUGUAUCGACAUAUCGAGCAGCGUGGAAAGAAAAGAGGCAAUUAACUCGAUGUUCCGUUGGUACCAAGAUGCUAGUCUAUGUUGCGUUUACUUAGAACAUGUAUCAGCAGAAUGGAUGCCAAGCAGACACAAUUGCGAAAAGUCUUCAGAGGCACAAAUGCGGCGAAGUAGGUGGUUGACGCGGGGCUGGACUGUUCUAGAGCUUCUUGCACCACCUGUGGUACACUUUUUUACUCGCGAGGGUAAACUUAUAGGUAGUAAGCCAAAUUUGGUGCCGCUGAUUCACGAGAUAGCUGGUAUUCCAAUUUCGGUGAUCCGAAGCGAUAUUGAAAAUCGCCAGGCUACAUUUGAAGAAGAUAUUGCAUGUUCAAUGCUAGGCCUGUUUGGCGUCUAUAUGCCUCUUAUAUAUGGCGAAAGAAAAGAAAUUGCACUUAGAAGACUUAGGGAAGAGAUUCAAAAGCGUAGAAACAAUCGUGCGCCCAGACAAACGGAGCCAAUUUCUCCCGAUAUCUCCAGCCAGCCCUUAUAUUCCCAGCCGCUAGGUGCCGAUCAAUUUCGGAUCUUGCGGUUGGAGCCUGGAGCAGUAGGAAGCACCAUUAUUGGCGAGGUCUCUGAGCAUAACACUUCAACGCACCCACAAUACUAUACUUUGAGCUAUGUUUGGGGACAAGAGCCCAAGAUCCAUGGUCUUAUGAUCAACGGAGAAGCUAGAUUUAUAAGACCAAAUCUUUUUCAUGCUUUACAAAGAAUGAGGCUUCAGGCUCCUAUUCAUAUAUGGGUGGAUUCUCUUUGCAUCAACCAGCGUGAUGACUUUGAACGAAAUGCGCAACUUAGUCAAAUGUCAACAAUAUACACAGCAGCCAUUGGUGUGCUCAUAUGGCUUGGUGAGGAGGACUCAACUAGCAAGUUUGCUAUAGGUCUCGUUGCUAAAAUGACAGUAAACGAAUUUCGGUGGAAGGCCGGAUGGUGGGAGCACUACGGGAUAAUUGGCCUGGCUCGCAUCUUGGAAAGAACAUGGUUUCUUAGGGGCUGGGUUCUCCAAGAAGCUGCCUUUUCAAGAAACUCCUCCAUUUAUUGUGGUUCAUAUGGACCAUCUUACAGGGCUUUAGACUUGGUUCGGGCUAAUCCGAGUAGCACGCCCCCUUUAUUCACGACGACAGUCCUGGCAAACUUUCAUCAUUCGGCUGCGGUUAGACUUCUCGAUAAUAUCAAAGGCGCGUUCGAAAAGUCCGCAGUGGGUACGAGAACUCGCUGCCUUUUGACUUUAGAAACGCUUGUGGAAUUGACCACACUCAGUGAGACUACCGACAAAAGGGGUAUACUAGAUGUAUUUGUAGACUUCAUCCUGCACUCUUGCCGGCGAUCGGGCUCGCUGGACGUUAUCUGCCGUCCUUGGGCCCCAAUCUCAAACUCCACGACACUUGAUAUCAGCUACCAAACUAGGCAGCGUUUCGGUGUACAAUCGUAUCCAUCAUGGAUAUCAUCCCGAGACAAUUUACCAUUUGGAAAUACAUCUUGGCGAUCAAACCGCCGAAUAAACGGUAUCUCUUUGGUCAGCCGUAACCAGAAGCGACUCUACAAUGCCCAUGGCGGAACUAAACCUGAUGUCCACGUCGGAUGUGGCGUUGACGGUGUAUGCAAUGGAUCAUUACACACCAAAGGAAUAAUUCUUGGAGAAAUCAUUCGAAGAUCGACAAGAUUCGCUGAUGCUAUCUUGACGACAGAAGGCCUAGAAUCAUUAGGAUCGAUAAGCCCCGGUCGAGACACGAAUAGAAUACAUGUGCCAGAUGCUUGUCGCAUUAUUUGCGCAGAUCGCGACGACAAGGGCGAACCUGCACCGCUGGCCUAUGAAGAAGCAAUGACUAGUAUCUUGAACACUGUAUCCAGCAGCUGCGGUUCCAUUAAUCAGCAGCACCCGAGCUUGGUCAUUGAUAUUGAGGAGCUUAUUCUGAAUAUCCAAACUUCGGAUACUGUCAAAGCGCACCUCAAAGUUGUCCGAGACAUCGUUUGGAAUCGGCGUUCUUGUCAACUGAAAUUAAGCGUAAGUGCCAGCAACAAAGAGAUGGAAAACAUCGUGGUAGGUCUCGUUCCUCAAAACGCAAACUACGGUGAUUCGGUUUGCAUUCUAUACGGCUGUAGUGUGCCUGUGGUACUACGGAAGUCAUUGAAUCUGGAUGGAGAAGUGCAUUGGCAGUUGGUUGGUGAAGCAUAUAUGGACAGGAUUAUGAAUGGGGAAGCAAUCCAUUCAUAUCUAUUCGAGGAAAGUCUAUUUAAGAUCCGGUAG